GGCAGCUCCAUCAUCAGCUCCUGGCCGGUUCAAAACAGCAGAUGCUGAGCCCUGGCCGGGCUGCUCGCACUCUACUUUCUAGCCAUCUCCUAGGGACUGGGCUGAAGCCUCAGAGCCCCAGCUGAUAACCCUGGGGCCAGAUCAUGUCAGCUAACAAAGGCUGGUGGGUACCACCUGAGGGCGAAGACAGUGUGUCUCAGAAGUUCCUGAGGAAGACCAGGGAGUCUCCGCUGGUGCCUGUAGGCUUAGGAGGCUGCCUGGCAGUGGCAGCCUACCGGAUUUAUCGGCUGAAGGCCCGUGGUUCCACCAAGAUGUCCAUACACCUGAUUCACACCCGAGUGGCGGCGCAGGCCUGUGCUGUGGGUGCAGUCAUGCUAGGUGCUGUGUACACGAUGUAUAGAGACUACAUCAAGAGAAUAGCACAGGAUCCUGGGGAGAAGUAG